ACAACAUUCCAGAAGAGCUCAGGGAAGAGCUGAGAUGGCCUUCUUCAACCUGUAUCUGUUGGGAUAUCAAAAUGCCUUUCGGAACAAAAAAAGACGCACCGCUGAAGAGAAAAUUCACAAGGAGCCCGGGCUUUCCAGGCUUCCUCCCAUCAUCUCGGAAAACAGGAAUUACUCUGUGCACCAGAACAGCCACACGAAGUACCACGAAGCUGUACGGAAGGUGUGGCUGAAGACGUUCCCCAAUGAGGUCUUCCGAGUCCCACUGACGGAUGCUCAGAACUUCAGUUUUUGGCGGUCCCCGGACCCAGGAGUGCGCCCAGAGGAAACUAUGCCAUGGAUCCGGAACCCAUGCCACUGUCUGAUUAAGAGCCCGAUGACCAGGUUUAUGGAUCACUCGAUUCUCCAUGACAGAACCUUCAGUCUGUAUUGAGGAUACGGUUGCAGCAGGACAAGGUGGACUGCAGAAGGAGUGGGGUGCCAAGCGGGGAGAGGGGGAGAGAGGUCCCAAUGUAGACGAUGACUAAUGGGAGGGGUUUGAGAAAG